AUGCACGGCUAUAGCUCCUCAGAAGAGUCUGAUGACCCUCGCCGCCCUCGUCCCGUCCCGGCAUCAAACAACAACAACGACCAGAAGAAGAAGAAGAAGAAGAGGGCGCCUCCCCAGCCGUCCAUCAACCACAUAUGGAAGAGGUUCCAGGACAAGAAGUUUAACAAGGCACUCGCCGUUCUUCCUUUCGACCCUGUGCCGCCACCGGCGAGCUCCGAAAAGCCCAAUGAGCUGUUGACUGCCGGCUACGAGAGAGCCGCGGAAGAAUGCCGCCGCAAGGUCAGGAAGAUCAUACAGGAGUGCAGGAGAGUCAACAUGCGAUACCGAGACCCCGGCUGGGAUUUGGACUGGGAUCUGAAGUGGGAGAAAGGCCAUUGCCUCAACACCCUCGGCCACACGAAAUGGCAGCUCUCGAGGUCCACCCUCUCGAAUCCUAGCGCUUCCGUUCCCAAGGCCGUCAAGCGUGUCCAUGAGAUAUUCGAGAAGCCCACCUUCAUGAAGAAUAUCAACGGCGGCGACGUUAAACAGGGCAGUCUAGGAGACUGCUGGCUCAUGGCUACCAUGACUGCUCUCGCUAAUGUCGAGGGUGGCAUCGAGCGCACCUGUGUCGAAUACGACACCCGGAUUGGUAUUUACGGCUUCGUUUUCUACCGCGAUGGAGAAUGGAUUUACUCCAUCAUUGACGACAAGCUUUAUCUUAAAUCUCCCUGUUGGGAUUCGCCUAGCAUGCAAAGAGACCUCCUUCAGCAGAUUGAUCGUGAGGAUGUGGAACGGGUCUACCGCAAGACGUACCAGACCGGUUCCAAGGCGCUGUUCUUUGCUCAGUGCAAGGACCAGAACGAGACCUGGGUACCUCUACUUGAGAAGGCCUACGCCAAAGCCCAUGGCGAUUACGCCUCUCUGUCUGGUGGCUGGAUCGGCGAGGGCUUGGAAGACCUCUCCGGCGGUGUCACCACUGAGCUGCUUACCUCUGACAUCCUUGAUACCGAUGGUUUCUGGGAGAAUGAGCUUUCCAAAGUCAACGAGGAGUUUCUCUUUGGUUGCUCUACCGGUCUUCUCGACGGAGGCUACGGCGAAAGGGAGGGCAUAUCCGAGGGUCACGCGUACGUAAUCAUGGAAGCUAGGACGCUCAAGUCCGGAGAGCGCCUGAUCAAACUUCGAAACCCUUGGGGAAAGAUCCGCAAAGGCGUGUGGGAGGGCGCUUGGUCUGACGGGUCCAAGGAAUGGACCAUGGAGGUCCAGGAGGAGCUCGGCCACCAUUUCGGCAACGACUCCGUUUUCUGGAUCAACUACGACGAUUUCCUCCGCAAGUAUCAGCACAUCGACCGAACCCGGCUGUUCCGAGACCCCGCCUGGCGAUGCGCUCAACGCUGGAUCGGCGUCGACGUGCCCUGGAAGUCGCAGUUCAACGAGAAGUUCCAGAUCAAACUGACUAAAGACGGCCCCCUUUGUUUGGUUCUCUCUCAGCUUGACAACAGAUACUUCAAAGGGCUUCAGGGCCAAUACGUUUUCCGCAUCCACUUUCGCAUUCACGAGCGUGGCCGCCCUGGCGCCGAAGACUAUAUUGUGCGCUCCCACGGAAACUACCUUAUGGACCGAUCCGUAUCCAUUGAACUGCCGGACAUGCCCGCUGGAGAGUACAGCAUCUUCAUGAGCGUGACCGGCGAGAGGGACACCAGCUUGCCCUCUGUUGAAGCCGUCGUGAAGCGGGAGUGCCGAAAGCGGGUUGAGAACGAUAAGCUCGUUCAGGUCGGAUCCGCGUACGACCUGGCUCACAGCAAGGGCGCCGCGCACCUCGAAGAGGUUGCUCGUUUGCGCAAGGUUAAGGAGCAGCAGCGGGCGUCAGAGUCCCGCCAAAAGGAGCGUCGCAAGCUCUGGGAGAGGCGUCAUCUGAACCGCGAGAUUACCAAGAAGCAGACCAAGAAAAAUAAUGAGAAACGAGAUCGCAGAAGGGCCAAGGUCGAGGAAGAAGCCAAGAAGAAGGCUGAAGAAGCCAAAAAGAAGGAAGACGAACUAGCGGAGAAACACGCAGUUGCCGCGAAACAGGCAGAAGAAGCCAAGCAAAAGGUCGAAGAAGGAGCAAAGAAAGAUACAGAUGCCAAGACAAAAGAUGCAGCCGGGACGGAGAAGGAAGAGGAGACGAAGACGAUGGAGGCAGAGAAGCCCAAUGACAAGGCCGUUCAGACGAACGCUGUCAAGGAAGUGCCCAAGGAGGAUAAGCCUGAUCAGAAUGAGGCCGGCUCCUCCGAAGAGACUCAGAAGCCAACAGAGGUGACAAACGACAAGUCCGUUCCGGACAACAAUGCCAAAGACGGUGUGGAGGGUGACUCCAAAACAGAGUCCAAGGGCGAGCCCAAGAAAGAUGCUGCCAAUGAGAAGCCUGUCGCCCAGCCUGCACCAGCCCCAGCACCGGCCCAGAAGGUUGAAUACGACUCGGCUGACGAUUCAUCGGACUCGCCAAUCGAAGACUGGGAGGAGCUGUACAGUGAUGACGAUAUGGUCAGAAAGCCACGUCUUACUCCUUCAGGUCCACCCAAGACUCGCGACGAGCGCUACGAGUCUGAGGAGGAGGGGCUACCCGAUCCUUGGAACGCUAUCUGCAUCGUCGGUGUUCGCGUCUACUCCAUGGACGAAGACCUUGAGGUCCAUGUCGUCAUGGAGGGCGGCGAGCUUCUAGAGGGAGGUAUGGGCAAGAAGGGCGAAGCCGACCUCGACAACGCGCAGGUCAACGCUGGCGGAGAGCGUGAGAAGCUGGGAGCUGACAACAUCGUUAAUGGCGUCAAGGCCGAGUCUGCGAAGCCGCAAGACAAGACUGCGUCUGAGACCGUCGUCGCUGCCCCAGCAGACGGCAAAGAGUGUGACCAGAAGGACGGUGAUGACACGACCAAGGAGGCCAACGAAGACUCCAAAUCGGAGACCAGUGUCGAUUCAGACAGAAGCGCCAACACAGACAAGACGUUCGACUCCUCCGGGUACGACAAGAUGGACUCGGGAACCUCCACCCCCGAAGUGAUUGCCACACCCGAAGCGACACCCUUAGAAACCAACAAAGAGCUGUUCUAG